UUCGGACUUUUUAAAAUGGCAUUUUCCAGCUGCGGCCGCAGUCGAAGUCGGCAUGUCAACAUUCCAAAGGUCUUCGGAGUUAAGAGGCUUCCCCGUACCCUUAUGGCCUGGUUUCCCUGAGCAGGCUCUCAGUCUUGGUGCUGGAGACCCCUUCAGUCUCGGGCCUGGAGAGCCCCUCAGUCUCGGUGCUGGAGCCCCUUUCAGUUUUGGUGCUGGAGUUUCCCUCAGUAUGGAACCCUGGCUACUGCCAGGCUGCAGCUCUGUCUACGACCGCUUGGUCAGUGAUAUGGGAGCGAGUCCACGGCCCCUUCAGAUGGGUGACAACAACGCUGCGGCAGUCUCUUCUCAGAAGCCUCGCAGGUCCUCCAUCCUAGAGCGCUGUAUCCUGCGAAUAUCCUCCGCCGCAGUCCAGACAGACGAGACGGAUAUGGUCACCAGGUCCCCGUCAAAGCCCUUUUGGUGUUCUCGUAAUGUGGACCCGUCGCGUUUUGAGACCAACGAGUCUGUUCUGAAGAGACGCCAGAAACAGAUUCAGUAUGGGAAGAACACUCAAGGCUACCAGAACUACCUGCAGCAGGUGCCCAAACAUCUUCGGGUUCCCGGUCUGCAUCCAUCCACUCCUAACAAAUACCACAAGUACAGCCGCCGGUCCUGGGACGCCCAGGUGCGCCUGUGGAGGAAGGCGCUGCACGCCUGGGACCCCACUCUCUCCGCCCAGAGCGAGGCGGAGUCUCCACCUGAGGCGGAGCAUCUGUGGGAAGUAAGACAGCCACUGUGUGUGUGUGUGUGUGUGUGUCCGCCCCACAGACAGGGCCUGCUGGGUCAGGUGGAUGAGGAGAGGAGUGUGGCGGUGGACAGACAGCUGGACGCUCCGCCAGGAUCAAACUCACUGUUGUCCCCCCAGCCAGCUGGCAGGGCUGCACACGGACAGGAAAUGUGUUCCUCUGCUCCCAAGGAAGAGCUUUCAGUCUCCAGGGAGCGGCCCACCCAGCCGGGCCUGGGCUACAGCUUCAAGAGCGAGCUCAGUGCCGAGGAGAACGUCCUGGGCUGCAGCUUCAAGAGCGAGCUCAGUGCCGAGGAGAACGUCCUAGGUUACAGCUUCAAGAGCGAGCUCACCGCCGAGGAGAACGUCCUGGGCUGGCUGCGCUUCCUGCUGGAGGCCGGGGACCACUCGCCCCGCUCCUGAGCCCCCACUCGCCCCGCUCCUGAGCCCCCACACCCCCUCUACCUCAACACCCAC